AAUCGUUGUGUUUUGGACUAGAGGAGGCAUAGAGGAGGUCAUUAGAAAGUGAGGGGUAAGUACGGGCAGGUUUUCAGGGAACAGAGACAUUGGGUUCUGGCGUAUGUCUGAUGCCGGUGUAAGAUAAAUACAAUAUUUAUCAGCUCUGUAUAGUCUUUCUACCGCUGCGAAAUGAUUCGUCUAAUCCUGCGGCUGAGGCCGUCCGCCGGUCUCCCCUGUCCCCGUGCCCUCCCGGCCCGGCCUGCUGCGCUCGGCUCCCGCUUCGUGCCCAGGACCGGCUGUCAGAGGCGGCUUCACUGCGGAGCGGCGUCCCGGGCCGUGUCUCUGAGCUCAGGCUUCAGCCACAGAGCGACCCUAUUCCGGCGUCCCCAGCUAGCAGCUGGGUGUCAAAGUCAGCGGUUCUACAGUCUGCCUCCGCACCAGAAGGUGGAGCUUCCCGCGCUGUCACCCACCAUGCAGACGGGAACAAUCGCUCGCUGGGAGAAAAAGGAGGGAGAGAAAAUCAACGAGGGUGAACUUAUAGCUGAGGUAGAGACAGACAAGGCCACUGUGGGGUUUGAGAUGCUGGAGGAGUGCUAUCUGGCAAAGAUUCUUGUUCCUGAAGGAACCAGAGAUGUCACCAUUGGAUCAGUAAUCUGCAUCACAGUGGACAACCCUGACCUAAUUCCAGCCUUUAAGGACGUAACGUUGGACUCAAUCAAAGCAGCUGGUGCCACCCCUUCAACCGCUGCCUCUGCUCCUCCUCCUCCUGCUGCUGCUGCUGCUCCUGCAGCCCCAGGCAGCUCUUACCCCCCACACAUGAAGGUUGCACUUCCUGCCCUCUCCCCCACCAUGACAAUGGGAACAGUACAGCGCUGGGAGAAGAAGGUUGGAGAAAAGCUGAGUGAAGGAGAUCUGCUCGCUGAGAUUGAAACUGACAAGGCAACCAUCGGCUUUGAAGUGCAGGAAGAGGGAUAUUUGGCUAAAAUCUUAGUGGCAGAGGGAACCCGAGAUGUUCCUCUGGGAGCGCCACUCUGCAUUAUUGUAGAGAAAGAAGGUGACAUUUCUGCCUUCAAGGAUUAUGUAGAGACUGGGGUGGUAGAUGUUUCCACACCACCUCCUUCAUCACCUCCUUCUCCGGCUGCUGCACCAACUCCUGCAGCACCCAGUCCUGCCCCAGCAGCUGCUGCCCCAGCAGCACCUAGGAAGGGUCGUGUGUUUGCCAGCCCACUAGCCAAGAAACUCGCUGCUGAAAAGGGAAUUGACCUGGCACAGGUCAGCGGCUCUGGGCCUGAUGGACGCGUCACCCGGAAAGAUAUUGAGAGCUUUGUUCCUUCGAAGGCUGCACCUGCUGUAGCUGCUCCCACUCCAGCUGCUCCAACACCUGCUGCAGCUCCUGCUGUAGCAGGUGGCACCUUUACAGACAUCCCUAUCAGCAACAUCCGCAAGGUCAUCGCUCAGAGGUUGAUGCAGUCCAAGCAAACCAUCCCCCACUAUUAUCUGUCUGUAGACAUCAACAUGGACCAAGUGCUCGAGCUUCGAAAAGAGCUCAAUGAAGAGGUUAAAGCCCAGAAUAUCAAGCUUAGUGUCAAUGACUUCAUCAUCAAAGCCAGCGCUCUGUCCUGCCUCAAGGUUCCUGAAUGCAACUCUUCCUGGAUGGAGACCGUCAUCCGCCAGAACCAUGUAGUGGACGUGAGUGUAGCAGUAAGCACUGCCAACGGCCUCAUCACACCCAUAGUGUUCAAUGCCCACACCAAAGGACUGGCUGCCAUCAGCGCUGAUGUGUUGGCUCUUGCUGCCAAAGCGAGGGAUGGCAAACUGCAGCCUCAUGAAUUCCAGGGAGGUACAUUCACAAUCUCUAAUUUGGGGAUGUUUGGCAUCAAGAACUUCUCAGCCAUCAUCAACCCUCCUCAGGCCUGUAUCCUCGCUGUUGGAGGCUCAGAGAAACGGCUGUUGCCUGCUGACAAUGAGAAAGGGUUUGACGUAGCCAGCAUGAUGUCGGUGACACUGAGCUGCGACCACAGGGUAGUGGAUGGGGCCGUCGGCGCGCAGUGGCUCGCAGAGUUCCGCAAGUUCCUGGAGAAACCCGUCACCAUGCUUUUGUGAAUGGACUUUACUGCUGUCAAACUGCAGCAACAGGCAGAGGCCUCUCCCUGAAGCGUUCCGGUAGGUCUAAACCAGUCUGGAUGCUUCUGUGAUUGGCUGGCCUGCAACCAGGUCACUCCCUGUUACCCUGAAGAGCAUAAGGCAGAAGUCACUCCAUUUACCUGUCUGUCUCGCUGUCACUUUCUGUCUUUCUCCUCUGAUUCCUUCUCACUCAUCUUCUAUUUAUUGUGGCCCCAUCUCAUGAGAGACCGGAAUUAGGUGUAAUUUAGAGAAUAGAGACUGGCUAAAACAUUUUACAAAGAAGUGUCCAACCAUUUAUCCUCUAACCUGUGUGUGUGCGUGUGUAUACUUCUUACACACUUGUAUCUUGUGUGAAUAAGACAACAGAAAAGUACUGUAAUUUAUUGAUUUGGUAAAUUUAAGAGAUGAGAUGCACAGUCCAGAUACACACACAUCUGCCCUUUUCUGUGGCCACACAAUUAAAUUACUUGCCAUGCUUUCUGUAGGUUGAUGGUUCUGUGUGUAUAUUCUUCACUGUGGAUUAACACAGUGCUGUAUAUAUACUGUGAAUAUUGUGGUGAGCUGUUGGGUUAAAAUGGCCUAACCUUCUGGAGACCUCACUGUAUAAUAUAAUGACUGUGUAAUUCAGAAUGACAACAGAGACUCUUAAAGGAAGUAGUGAGCAGUUCUGCCAAUUCUCUCUUUGCCGGGGAUGUUUUUUUCUAGUCUGAAGAAUAAUCUGUAUUUCACAGCUGAAACGCACAAAGUUGGUGAUGGAUGUUAAUUGAAUAAAUUGGGAGAAGUCAA